AUGAUUAAAGAAAAGUACCUCGUAUUAAACUUUUGCAAAGGAGGAGCGUUCGGUGAGGUAUUUUUUGGCAAACAUAUAGUUAAAGAAUAUGAGGUUGCUAUUAAAUUUGUAAGAUUUUAUGAUGGGAAAAUUAUUAAUUAGAGCGAUGAUAAGAACAUAGAGGCUAAAAGACAAUACGAAAAUGAAGUCGAAGUUAUGAAAGCAAUAAAAAGAAUGGCUGGCUUAAGAGUAAAUGGAUAUUUAUCUGAUAAGAAGCUCAACUAUAUUAUCAUGCCAAAGUAUGAUUUGGAUUUGGAGCGACUAUUCGUUCAAUAUAAGAGAAAAUUCAAAAUGGAGACUGUUAUUACGAUUGGCCUUUAAGUCCUAGAGAGGCUGGAAAUAAUGCACAGCUGUGGCUUUAAAGGGACACCCUAUUUUGCUUCAAAUAACUAGCUAUUAAAAGGUAAAUUAGGGGCUCGGGAUGAUAUCGAAUCUUUGAUUUACAUUCUGAUUUAUUUUUGCCAAGGGUACUUGCCCUGGGCUAGGAAUGUUUAAGUAUUAGGGGAAGAGAUCCAGGCUUAACUUGAAGUUUAACAUGUAAUAUCAUGCCGAGACCCAGACACUUUAUGCACAGAUUUAGAUCCUGAAUUCAAUGCAAUGCUAACCUACAUAUAAACAGUUAACUUACCAAUCGAAAAUAGAAAUACUGUGUAAAUGGAUUCAGUUCAAAUUGAUUUUAAUGAAAAGAAUCAACCACUUGUUUAAAUGAAUAAAAAGAUUAUAAAUCACUAGUCUUAGAAGCAUAAUGAGUAAUUUUUGGCAUAAAACGAGCAAUUAAUGCCACAUGUUGCUAAAAAAAAGAAAAGACCUUCAAAUUUCUCAUUAAGUCCUCUAAAGAAAAUAAAUACUGGGGCUUUGAAUUCAAAAAGAAGUUAAACAAAAAAGAAAAAAAGAGGCUCCUCAAAGCAGCUAUAGCUUCAAUUAGUCAAUUAGGCAUCGAUGAGUGAAUAAAACUCCAAUUUAGAAAAUGAUCCAAAAAGAUAAUAUUAAUAAAUGCAAUCUGAGUAGCAGAUUUCCUUGCAUAAUAAAAACAAAAACCUAUAAAUUCCUACAACUCUAUAAAAUCAAAACCUAAAUAACCGUGAAAUAAAUGUUAUUAAUGAGAAUUUUGAGAAAAUAAAAAACGAAGAUUUCUAAAAAUAAAGGCUGAACACAGAUGAUUCUAAGUCUGGUGACAUUAUGGAUUAAGAAACGGAGGAAAAUAGUUAAAUGCUUAGUAUUCCGCAAAGUAGUGUCUUUAAUGUUAAUAACCUCAAGCACAUUAACCUUUAAAAUCAAACUAAUCGAGAAAAGAUUUAAUCCUCCUAAGAGGAUAUAUUAAAAAGGUAUAAUUCUAAUAAAAGAUGA